CUGCAACCAACAUUCUUCUCAUUCUCAGGAUCUCUUCUCUUCACCUCCCGAAUCUCUAGCAACAACUGGGAUUAUCCUUUUCUACUGCUUCCUUUCCAACUAAGGAAAAAUAAGACAAGGAUUCAAUCUUUCCGUCGUUGUUGCAGAGGUUCAAAUGGGGAAGAAGAGCUGGUUUUCUGCCAUGAAGAAAGCUGUUUCUAUUUCCAAGAUCAAGAAAGAGAAGAGAUCCAAUAAAUCAAAAUCAAAUCCCAAAAACUCAUUGCAAGUAAAUCAAGUGAGUUUGGAUGCAUGUUCAUCUCACACAGAAGCUGCAUUGGCUAACCCUAUCCCUCAGUAUCAUUCAAUUAUGGACACGGAGUUCAUAGUUCCCGAGAAUGAGCAGAUCAAACACGUGGAUGUGGAUACGAUCACAUACACCACAAUCGUUGCAGAAGAUGUCGUGUCUCAAUCUGCUGCUACAAGUGAGGAAAUCAGUGCCACCAAGAUUCAGGCGGCUUAUCGUGGGUACACGGCAAGAAGGGCUUUCCGGUCUUUGAGAGCCAUGAGGAGACUGAAAUUGUGGCUUCAAGGGCAGGCAGUUAAACGUCAAACGACGUCUGCCUUAAUGCGCAUACAGACAAUGGGUCGUGUCCAGUCUCAAGUUCGGGCCAGGAGUAUGCGAAUGGCUGAAGUCAACGAGACUCUCCAACGACAGCAAAUCAAGAAGCGUCAAAAGGUUCUUGAGAAGCAAGCGUUUGAUUUGAGUCCGAAAUCAAAGGCACAAGUAGAAGCCAGCUUACGAAGCAAAAAGGAGGCUGCCGAAAGAAGAGAAAAGGCAUUGGCGUAUGCAUUCUCGCGUCAGCAGAUGUGGAGGAACUCACAAUCACCCAAAUCUGCAGUUGUGGACCCAAAGCAUUUUGAUUGGGCUUGGAGUUGGUCCAACCGAUGGGAUGCGAUUAGACCAAGGGAAACUGGAGCCAUGGUUCGACCCCAGUCGCCACCCUCUAAGCCAGCUCUGUCAUCUGGUCAAAGGUCAACGUCACCAAAAUCAGUGAUACCAAAAGCCAGCCCACGUCGCGUAAAUACAGGAUGUCGGGUGGGGUUAGCCAACAAGCGGCAUUUGGUCACAAGUACACCAUUUACUGGUGCGGCUAGGAUCGCUGUGAGGUGAACGGAAUCAUGCGGGAUUUGAACUGAGAUUAUUAUUCUUGAGAUGUAUCUAUAAAGGUGUGGAAUAAGCAGAGAUCAUGUAUGAGAUCGUUUCAAUCAUCUUUAUGAGAAAAGAACACAUGAUUGCAUACGUUUAACUUGCUUAUAACUUAACUAC